AUGUUACAACAGGCAUACGGAAAUUCUAAAGCUACACUUGGCAGAAUCCAGGCGGGCAGCAGAUUUGUCAUUGAUACAAAAUGGAGCCCUUUUUCAUGGACCGAGUCCAGCAUACCGUGGGCCACCAGCGAGCGUAUUAUACGCUCUGCUGAGGAAAGCAUCAACAAAUUAGCAGUUGACCAAGUCGACAUCUUCUACCUUCAUAGGCCAGAUCCAAUGACACCUAUUUCCGAAACUCUUGCGGCAGGCAGCUACAAUCCGUUAAAUAGACAUAAAGAAACUGCCCUACUUUUGACUUUGCGCAGACUGCGCAUCUCCUUCUAUGCGUACGGUACAUCAGCUGGAGGAUUUCUCGGCAAGACCGCGGCACAAGCAAGGGAAAUGGCUGACAAUGACACCUAUGUCUCAGCAACCUGUCGGCCGUAUUUGCGCAACGCCAACUUUCUGGAGAUACUAGCCCAAUGGAACACUAUUGCAGAAACCGAAGGAGUGAGUCCGGCUGAGCUAACGUAUCGUUGGGUGGCGUACCAUUCAGCAUUACGCUCAGAUCACGGAGAUGCUUUCAUUAUUGGUGCUAGCAGCCCUGAACAACUAGACGAAACACUCAGCGGCAUUGAAAAGGGUCCGCUCAGCAACAAUGCAUGUGCCUAUAUUCAGGAAAUAUGGGAAAAGGCAAAGGGAGUAUAAGUUGCCAUGAAGCAUAUAACUAGCGCAUAGGAUUAUUACCGUCGAG